CUAAGCGGAAGACUCAGCCCAAAGCGGACCGUCAGGCCAAGAAGGCCAAAGUGUCUUUAGAACCCGUCGUGGGACUCAUGGCGGAGCCUCCGAAGACGGUCACUCCAACCAAACACGGGGUUGGCAAGGGUUUGAUGAAAGGCCCGUCGAAGGUUGACGAGAAGCCGCCCGUCCUUCUUCGAGAGGAUUCUAAGCAUGCCUUAGAACAGAUUUCCUCCAUCAUCUCGGCGGAGGAUUAUGAAGACUUAGGCAACCACUCGACGGAGGCCAUGGGGGAGUCGGGCCUGUUUGCCAUUACACAGGCAAUGGUCAUGAUGAAGGGGCUGAUGGGACGGUGCCUCAGCCAAGAGACGGCCUUGGAUCGUGUACGGGCCAAGGCGGAGAAGACGGAGGAAGAACUCCUCCAAAUGCGAAACUGGAGACCCAAAAUAGAGAAAAAGCUUGAGCUGUCGGAGAAGGCAAGGAAGAGCCUUGAACAGACGACGGAGGAGGCAAAGAAGGCUCUAGAGAGCAAGGACAAAGAGAUAGCCGAGCUGAAAAACGAAGUCCGUCAAGCUAAGGACGCGGCGGUCCGUGAAUACCGUGACUCCGACGCCCUAAUCACUGAGCUGGGCGACUCUUUCCAUCAGGGCUUCAUGGAUGCCCUCCGUCAAGUCAGGCAAGCUUAUCCAGACGUGGACCCUUCCAAGUUCAAAGUUGAAGACCCGGUCCAGUCAUCCGUCGUGCCUGUUGCUUCCGAGGAUACAGACGACCUCUUUGAUGUCGACGACGCAGUUGUUGACGGGGCAUCUGCCCCAGCAAAAGUUGACCAAGUUGAGCCUGACACGGAGACGGUUCCACAGCCCGUCGACAGUGCGGACAAGGCUUAG